AUGAAUGAAGAAAUGCGAGCUCUCCAAAAGAAUGUCACAUGGGAACUCGUGCUUUUACCUCAUGGAAAGAAGACAGUAGGAUGCAGGUGGAUUUAUACUGUAAAACUCAAAGCAAAUGGAUCCAUUGAAAGAUAUAAAGCUAGAUUGGUGGCGAAGGGUUAUACACAGAGAUAUGAGAUAGACUAUUAG